AUGAUGCGGUUACUCAUCAAGCUUGCAGAUGAAUUUGGUGUGGCUGUCGUUAUAACGAAUCAGGUAGUGGCGCAAGUUGACGGAGGUGCUAUGUUCCAAGUGGAUGCGAAAAAGCCAAUUGGUGGAAAUAUUAUUGCUCAUAUGAGUACAACUCGGCUGGGACUGCGAAAAGGACGUGGUGAAACCCGAAUAUGCAAAGUCCAUCAGAGUCCCAGUUUACCUGAAGCAGAAGCCACGUUUGCCAUAACUGCUGGAGGUAUCGACGAUGCACCUGAGUAG